AUGUCUACCUUCCCUCCCCUGGAUGCGCAGUGCGUGGUACUUCCUGAGAAGCUCAACGCACCCGGCCCCUGGACGGUCCGCAGGAAUGCGAACUUUCCCGAAGCCCUGAUCGACUCCUUCGAUGGCGAGGAGAGCCACGUGAGGACCUGCUACGACCUGCUGGAGCACAGCGUGGUCAAGUACCCAGAUAGCCCGUACCUGGGCACCCGCAGCGUGGACGCGCGGGGCGCCCCCGGCCCCUACGCCUGGCUGUCGUACAGCCAGGUGGGCGAGGCCCGCACCCAGAUCGGGUCUGGGCUGGCGCACCUGGGCGUCCGCCCCGGCUCCAAUGUGGGCCUCUUCAGCACCAACUGCGCGGACUGGGUGCUGGUGGACGCCGCGCUGCACGCCUACGCCUGCGUCAGCGUGCCGCUGUACGACACCCUGGGAGCCGACGUGGUCCAGUUCGUCAACAACCACGCCGAGCUGGCGGCGGUGGCCUGCUCCGCGGCCACCUUGCCCGCGCUGCUGGAGACGCUGCCGGCCUCCCCCACCGUCGCCGUGGUAGUGGUGUACGCCGCGCCCGCCGGCUUCCGCAUGCCCGCCACGCCCCCCGGCUCCGCCGCGCGCCUGGUGUCGCUGGACCGGCUGCGCGCGCUGGGCAUGAAGCACCCCUCACCGCACGUGCCGCCCAGCCCGGCUGACACCGCGCUGAUCAACUACACCAGCGGCACCACGGGCAUGCCCAAGGGUGUGGUGCUCACGCACGCCAACAUCGUGGCCAGCAUCGCGGGGCAGAUCAGGUCCACCGCCGUCCUCGCCACCAUCGACGCCACGGAGCGCCACAUCUCCUACCUGCCCCUGGCCCACAUCUUCGAGCGCGUGACCUACAUGAGCGUCACCCACCGCGGCGGCGCCAUCGGCUUCUUCCGCGGCGACGUGCUGACGCUGCUGGAGGACAUCCAGGCCCUGCGCCCCACCUACUUCCCCUCCGUCCCGCGGCUGUGGAACCGCAUCUACGACCGGAUCAUGGCCCAGGUGGCGGCCAGCAGCCCGGUGAAGCGCAGGCUGUUCGAGACCGCAUACGCCUACAAAAAGCGGCACAUGGCGGCGGGGGACAUGACCGGGGGGCCCUGGGCGGGGUUCUGGAACCGCCUGGUCUUCAACAAGAUCAAGCAGGCGGUGGGAGGCGAGGUGAGGAUGAUGGUGAGCGGCGCCUCCGCCCUCUCCCCAGAGGUCUUCGAGUUCAUGCGCAUCGUCUUUGACUGCGUGGUCAUCGAGGGCUACGGCAUGACAGAGACGACGUCGGGGGCCACCAUCUCCAUCCCCGGCGACCCUGUGAUCGGGCACGUGGGCAUCCCCACCCCCGCCUGCGAGGUCAAGCUGGCCGACGUCCCCGAGAUGGGCUACACCAACGCAGACCUGCCGCGCCCGCGCGGCGAGAUCUGCGUGCGCGGCCCACUGCGCUUCAAGGAGUACUACAAGGACCCGGAGAACACUCGGGAGACGAUCGACGAGGAGGGGUGGCUGCACACCGGCGACAUCGGCACCUGGCUCCCCGGCGAGCGCCUGAAGAUCAUCGACCGCAAGAAGAACAUCUUCAAGCUGUCCCAGGGGGAGUACGUGGCGCCGGAGAAGAUCGAGAACAUCUACGUACGCUCCCCCUACGUCGCCCAGGUAUUCGUUCACGGCGACAGCCUGCGCUCCUGCAUCGUGGGCGUGGUGGUGCCGGACCCAGAGGUGCUCCUGCCCUGGGCCAAGCAGCGCGGACUGCCCCAGGACCUCGCCACGCUGUGCGAGGACGAGCAGGUGAAGGCCAUGAUCCAGAAGUCGCUGUCCGAGGAGGCGCGGGUGGCGAAGCUCAAGGGCUUCGAGCAGGUGGCCGACAUCGUGCUCACUCCCGUGCCCUUCUCCGUGGAGACUGGGACCAUGACCCCCACCUUCAAGCUGAAGCGGCCGCAGCUGAGGGAAGCCUAUGCCCCGGCCCUGGAGGCCAUGUAUGCCAGGCUCCCCAUGUGA